AUGGGCCUGAGCGCAAAAAGAUAUCGCGCCUUGCGCGACGAGAGGAAAGAAGCUGGGAAGGCAGCCUACGUGGCUCCUGGCGUUGUGUCCCACGAAAAGUAUGAAGAAGUCCAACAAGCUCAACAUAAGGGCCUCAUCAAGGCUGGUCAACUUCUCAAGCAGUUUCAUGCUAUCAAGGUGCCGGCUAAAAGAAAACAUACAAACUCUUGGCUGGACAAUGCUCGCCAAGCCAAGGAUGCAUUGAACGCUUUCUGGUCAGAGGUCCGAAGUGUACGAAUAUGCGAGAUGGAGGGCGCGCACGGACAUGUGAUCGAGGAAGUGGAAAAGUGCAGGGAGGUCACUCUGCUUGAUUUUUACAGAGAUCCUGAGUUCCUGAACUCCAUCGACGCCGAACUCGCAGAACUGAAUGCGGGAAAGGAGGCCGUAAAUGCAGGACGACCUUUGAAACGCCCAUCGAACGAGGAUCAUGAGCCACAAAGUCAAUGGGGGACCAAUGAUAAGACUCCACCAAAGCGCCCCAAAAUCGAAAAGCUGGAGAAGCCACCCAAGCGCAGGCGAGACCCCGACUAUGAAGGACCACCGGAAGAAGACCCAGAGCCUGUACUUGCAGCAUAUCUGCCUCCCGAAACCAUGUCUGUCUCACAAGCCACGCUACAGACCCUUGCUCGUCUUUGGCCACACCAGAGCAUGACAGUCCGAGAAGGGACCGUCCGUUGGAAUGAUUUCCAGGCCGCAAUGGAAGAUAUUGGCAUGCGAGCAAGCCCAGGUGGAGGCUCGAAGGUUUCCUUCUUCGGCAGAGGUCGCAGCAUCGUGAUUCAUGCACCCCAUGGCUCCGGGACUGUGCAGCUUACUAGAGGAAAUUUGGGCAAGUUUGGUAGAAGGUUGACAAGACACUUUGGCUGGACAUAUGGUAUGUUUGAGGAGAGGCUGAGGGAAGAGGAGGGUGAUGAGGGCGAUGAGGACAAUGAGGGCGAUGGGGAUGCGGAGUGA